CGACAAAAAAGUUGAGGUUGAGGAUUUUGGGUUUCCGACAUGGGUAUUCUAGUUGUUGUAAUUAGGAUAGCUACAUAAUUUUUAUUGAGAGAGAAUAGACGAUUUGUGACCAAUUUACCUGGUUCAUUGUUCAAUGGGUACACUUCUUCAGCUGCUUGAACCACUGUCGGCUGCAGCGUCCUCCGCCUUUCAAACGGUUUCUCAUGCCGCAGAGUCUCUCACGAAGCCUGCGGUCGAUCAGUCAAACGAUGGUCCACUACCUACCACCCCUAGCAAUAUCGCAACCUCUAUCCCACAGCGAAGUUCGUCACUUCCUCCGGCGGACGAUGACGACAGUUCCGACACUGAGCAGUAUGAUAUCGCAGCAAAGGUUCCCAGUUUAGGCGUCGGGUGGAAUUCGAUUUGGCAGUUUCUGGGUGGUUCAGAGGAAUUGAGCGAUGACGAGUGUCCAGAGGAAGUGGAGCUAAAGGAUCUGAGUAAUGAAAGAGGAGACCCAACUCAAGCCUCUAAAACAGAGACAAACAAAGAUGAGAUUAUUGCCGUACAGCGAGCCGCCGAUGCUGCAGCUCAAGCUCCAAGUGGAUGGGCUGCGUUCGGAUUCAAUUUAAACAUACCCAUGCCACCCUUCCUUGAUACCAGAUCCUUUCCCGCACCGCCCGACGAGGUAGCACCACUACCCGGCCUCACACCAGCUUCAAAUACCGCACCCGAACAAGGUACCGUCCGGUCAACGACACCAGAUGGGGACGCUACCACAGCAGCCAGCGCCUGGACUAAGGCUUGGGCAUCUGUCACCGGAUCCGCAACGCGCAACUUGCGACCCUGCGGGCAUCGACAUCCGUUUCAUUUCUUGGAGGGGGACCUUGUCCUGAUGGGCGGCAUGUAUGGUUCCUUCCUGGAAGAUCGAUCUACCGGCCGGAGGGAAUGGCUUUCGAUGGAUGCAGUGUUGAAUUGGAAUACCCCAGAUUUGAGACUCCCCCUAGGCGGAGAUGAGGAGGACGACAGGCUUGUGCCAAGCGGUAUUUUCGACCGUCUAGGUCCAAUCAAUGUUUGCGCCGAUCUCGUGCGUGAAUUUGUUUCCUGGGAAAAAUGCAGCUCAGGAGCCUUUCGCUUCCACCCUUUCGCCUACGAUUGGCGCAAAUCCCCACACCAUGCUUCAAAGUCCCUUGAGACCUUCCUUAGUAACAUUUAUGAACGCAAUAACCACCAAAAAAUCCUCCUUGUUGCGCACUCCAUGGGCGGCCUCGUGGCUCUUUCAGUGAUCAAUAGACGACCAGAGCUGUUUCGUGGUGUUGUGUUUGUUGGAACGCCUUUUGGAAGUGUUCCGCUCAUUAUAUGGGCUUUAAGACGUGGCGCACCCUUUAUGUUGAACCGAACGUUGAUGUCAGCUGGACUGCACUUUGGAGCGCGGACUUCUUUUGUAUUUUUGCCGACCGAUGGCAAAGGUUUGGUGGAUGAUAAAGAAGAGGAUAUUUUGAUUGAUUUUUAUAAUGCCGACGAGUGGCUCAACUACCGCCUCUCCCAGGUUUUCCAUACUGCAAAAACGCAGGAGGAUCUCCAAAGCUUCCACACAUAUCUCAAACAGACUCUUCACAGCGCCAAAACCUUCCGAACGUCCCUCUCCCACAAUCCCGAUCAGUCAUAUCCCCCAUUCGCCACGGUAACCUCUACAAAAUUCCCUACACCAACUCGUAUUCGCUCCUCUGUUCGUAAGGUUCAAACACCGUUAGGAAUAAAGCGCGAAAUUAAACUCAUGUGGCCAUGUCGCUUUCUGCCCGGGGAUGGGAUUGUUAGCGGGGAAGAUAUGCGUAUGCCAUUAGGAUUUACGUUUUCGGAAGUCAGAAGUUUAGUAGGACAUUGGGGCCUCCUAAAUGAUGUAGCGGCAAUAAGGAAGGCCUUAAAGAACAUUUUGGAGGAAGAGACGAAACGGAGUAAGCCUGAGAGUGCGGCUGACAAUGAGCAGAUACCGACAACAAACGAAACUCAUGAUGAGAAUGCGCACGAUAUACAGCGGAUAGACUGCAGUGAGGAACCUAAAAAUGAAAUGGAUAAGCUUGACAUCAAUGACAGAAUGGAAAUUAAGAACGGAGAUGAACCACAAAUGGAGCAGACCGGAUCAUACACAACAUAGUGAAGUACGAGAGGAUAGAGCACCGGAAGACUCGGCUGGUGGUGCCUUGUAGCUUGUGGAAACUGUACCAUAAUCACUUCGACUGCUCAUAUACAAUCUCAUUCUGAUGCACAAACUAACAUCUGGUUCUUCUGGUUCCUGCUCCUCCUUUUUUUUGUCAUCAAACACGUCUUUUCC